ACCGGUAGCGCUGGAGACAGCGAGCAGAGCAGAGAUGGGCCAAAGUGGGCCCCGAGCAGCAGCCGCGAGAGCAUAGGGAGCGCGAGAAGGGCUUUAAACUUUUUUUUUUGCUUAGUUACCGCCGGGACCCUUUCGUGUUUAAUUCGCGGCUCCGCGAGGCGCACCUUCGCCAACAACCAAGAAGUCGUGAGUGAUUUUACAUUGAAUGAGUGAUACAUAUCCACCGACCCGGCACCCACCGAUUCACCAUGUCCGAUACCGUUUGGCAAGAGUGAAGCGUUCCAAUCGAGCCUAACAGCAGCAGCGAGGGAGAAGACGAACGAACGAAGAAGCAGUGAAGCAGCAUCAAUAAACGAUCCAGCGGGAGGUGGUAACACAGGGAAAGCCCUGGAGGAGGAGGAGGAGAGGUGCAUCAAGUGGUGGCCGGGCUCGUCCGGGGUUGGUGCGGGCGCAUGAAACAGGAAACCGCCCAGGACGACGUCUGCAAGCCGAGGCCGAACGCCAUGAUAUCGGCCGUCGAGAGCCUGAUCCCGGCUGGGGGUGGUCGGGGUGGUGGCUAUACACCGCCCCAUCAUCACCAUCACCAACACCACCAGCAGCAUCAGCACCAUCAGUACCACAAUCACCAUAAUCAACAGCAGCAGCAGCAGCAGCAACAACAACAGCCACUUCAUCCCUUCCAUCAUCACCACCGGCAUCAUCCGAUGGCGUUGGCUUCGGCGUCACUGCUGAGCCAGUUACCACUAGCUGGGGCAAUACCGCCACUGCUAGCCACCGCACCAUGCUAUCCACACUCUUCCCCGAUCGCCAGUGCCAGCAACAACAGCAGCAGCAGUAGCACAAUCGGUAGCAACGCCACCGUCGUCAGUGGCAGUGCCAACGAGUUUGCGCGUCCCUUCCCGAAGCAAAGGUAUGAGGACACGCGUAUGGGCAUCUCGUUGGCAUCCGAGCGGCGCUCGAAAUACACAGAGGUGGCCCCGGUAUCGCCGUCCGGCGACUUCAAGACGAGGGCAACACCGCUCCCGUCCGGGCAACCUCCUCCCGGACCGGUGAACCUGGCACUCGGUGUAGGAACGGCAGCGAUGGACCUUGCCAACGGUGGUGGUGGUGGUGGUGGUGGCGGCAAUCGACCGGGCAGUAAUGGUGCCAAUAUGCUGGGCACGGAUACCCAAUGGUCACCGCGCCAGAUUGGAAUGAGCGGCAUCGAGCAGUACAAGAACUAUCCGCUCACCAGCAGCGACACCGUGGGGGUCGGGGAAGGCGAGGGUGGUGGUGGUACCGCGAACCUAGCGAACCUGCACCAUCCGAAGGCGCUCACUGCAGUACAGCACCACAUUCAGCAGCGGCAGCAUCAACAGCACCAGCAGCUACAGCAACAGCAGCAGCUGCUGCGUAACGACUACGUUGAGCGAUCGUUGAAGGCGCAACAGAAGCAGCAGCACCUGUACCACGGCGAUGCGAUCGACGGUGAUCUUGCGAAGCUUUCGUAUCCAGCAUCCACUGCUGGUGAUGGGCGACAACUGCAAUUCUUCAAUCCGCCGGCGCUAGAUGUCCCCGUUGGAGGAUAUCCCGGACUGAACUACGGUCUCUAUCCCUACAGAGGCAUCCUUGGGCGACCAGUCUAUACGGCAUCGCAGCGCAUUAAUGAACAGCAGUACGGCACAGUCCCAAGCACCACGUCAUCGUAUCGAGCGCCUACUGCGUGCAGCACCAGCACUUACGGAAGCUCUACCGCCAACGAGGGUGCCGGUGGUGUAGCCUUGGUAGCUACGCUGGGUCCACUACCACCAGCGCUGAGCAGCGGCACCGAUCGGGAGCACAAAUCUUUCACCGAGCCACCUCAUCAACCUGCUAUCACCAGCACCAGCAACACAAGCAGCAGCACGGAAGAACCGUUCAAUUCGUUCAACCACCACCACCACCACCAGCAGCAGUACCACCAGCACCAUCGCCAGCAACCGGCGCGCUAUCAUCCGGCCCGGUACACCGAACACGGUGAAGAGCAGCAACCGUCACCGGGUGUACCGGUUUCCUCGCCAAAUGACCCCAACCAGAAGACACACUUCUCCUAUCAACAUCCGAGACCGUUAGAGCAGGGGGCGAGUGUGUCAUUCGGUGCGACACGGUACGACAGCACCACGGCAACGGUAUUUCCCCGCGAUGAAGUGGACGAACAGCUGAUCGAUGAGUAUCGCCGAGCGUUACAUCAGUUGAAACAUCAGCAACAGGUGCAGCAACAGGUGCAGCAGCAGCAGCAGCAACAACAAGAGUUCAAAGUUCCUUGCGGUGGUAAGGAUGUUCCGGUGAAAAGCCGCUUUCUACACCAGAGGAUAAACGGAUCUGGUAAAUUAAGGCAACCAACUCACAGCAUCACCAGCAGAAACAACAGCAUUAGUGCUAUCGAGGAGGUAUCUGCCGGCAAUGCAGUCGGUUCGAACCAGCCAUGCAACGGUGGCAGUAAUUCGGGGACGACUGUGAUGGGUGAGGCGACGUUCAACAAAGGCUCGCUGAUUGAGUUCGGCAGUGGCGAGAGUAAGCGAAUCGAAGACGUGCGAGCUGAGGAUCUGAUCCGUACGGCUGAGCAGUCGUCGGAAUUGCGGCUCACCGAGGCCAUCGUUCGUGCCAUCACUAUCAGUGAUUCUGCCCACCCAGCCGAUCCGGCUGGUGAUGCUCUGCACAUGAUACUGGUUACGUUCUCCUACGAUCGCGAGCGGUACAUCAGCAAGCUAGAAGCGUCGUUCGAGUAUCCGUUCUUCGUCCCCACCAAGGGCUGGGCUUCGUAUAGUCCAUCGGAAACGCUUACCAAGUACAACCUGCACUGCAAACCGCUUCUCGUUGGUGACACGUUUUUCGCACUCGUCUCAUUCAAAUCGCAGCGCUCGUCGUCACAGCAAAGCACCAGUGCGGACGGCACCAUGCUCGCAGUGGAGCUGGGUGCUAUAGCGAGAAAGCAUGCGAAAAAACGGAGCGGCACCACCGUCACUGGCGCACCGUUACGCCUCAUUACACCAACGAGUGCGGCUGCCGUGGGUUCACGGUCGUGCGAUACGUCACAGUUAUCGCAACAACCGGAGGGUAAACCUCUGCCACUCGCCGAUUGUACAUAUCUAGAACGGGAUCGGCAGCAGCACGUCCAAUUUGAGCACCCAGCUGACGAAGGUGGUGGUGUUGGUGGUGCUACAGGGGGUUGUUGCGACGAUGAAGAUGACCGGAAUCACCAGCAGCAGGCAAAGAAGCGCUCGUCCAAGCCGACACCCUACGAGGAUGUUUCCCGGCGAAAGCGGAAACCGCAACGGUUAUCACUUUCGGAAAGCAGCGGCAGCAGUACGGCUGCAGGAAACUAGACGAAUAGAGGUUCGGCAUAGGGUUGCCUUCUCAGAUGGUUUGUCUUUAGCAUCAAAAACGAAUAACGCUGCCAUGAUGCGCACCUCUGGUCUGUGGGAUGGAACUUGGGAAGACAUUCGUCCCUUUUUCGCGGUUGUGUAGCGGAUUUGUUUGUGAGUGUGUGUGUAUGUGUGUGUGUGUGUGCGUGCUUGGAUGUGUGUAUGUGUGUAUGGUAUGUGAUCUAUACGUUUUCCAAUUGAUGGCCAUACGAUACGAUUUGAACAAACGAAGGACGAUGAGAUAUAGAGUCCGCAAUCGUCCGCAUAAGAUGAUCCUCUAUUUUGAAGUAUUUCGAUGAAUAUAGGAACGCCUCUUUGGCGGAACGUGAACGGCACAGGUGCAUUGGAAGUAGGAGAUUCGACUAGCGUUGUAGCUAGCCCAUAGAGCGCCUGUGUGAGUGCUUAUGUCCUGGACAUUGGCCAACUGAUAGGAUGCGCUGAUGCUUAAGGAUUUACAAAAUUCAUGAAUUUAACGCAGGUGUUGUGUGAAGUGAGCUAGUGUUGAGAAGAGGACAACGGCCCUGAAAGCAGAGCAGAGUGGUGCAGAGAGUUUUUAAAGAGUUUGUGGUCGAACGUUAAUGGCGAAUCGAGGCCACGUAUAUAUUUUCAUAAGACGCUAUUCGUGAGUGGACGGAAUAGGUGUGCGCACUAGGCAGUUGCCAGGGCCGCUCCUCUAAUUGCACUAAACAAGGUCCAUUUGCAAGCUAGCCGUAGAAAUGUAAUAAGAAGCGGCUGUAUGCUCGACGCAUGCAGUCUAUCACUCCAGAGCCUCUCCGAUCAGUAGUGUUCCAGAUUCCGUGAAACCUAGGAGAAAUGAUAAUGACCCCGCGUAGUCUAUAAGAUAAUUAAUGUUGACUUUGCCAAAAAAAAAAAACAAACAAACAAAACAGCAAAUCGGUUUCGCAGAGAGCAGUGCUGAACAUCGAAUGAUGGUGCAGCUACUCCAAAACGGGGACGACAGGGGAAGAAUUGUAGCAACGCCUUCCGUCCUUUCCUGCGGGCCGCAUUUGACCCCAGCAGCAGGUUCAGCAGGAUCGACAGUGUGCCCCGUCCUUGCAUCGACCUAAAAUGUUAUGCUAUACCGUUCAAUUAACGGUGACUUUAUAGCGAUAGGAGCCCCUCAUAGUGGGCCCUCUGGGCGAGCUGGUGCGAAUCCACUCUCUACCUCUCGUUGCAUCAUCACCAGCUGGUCAGUGGUGUUAAGCGCGCGUAGCUCGUAAUGUGAAGCAGCGUAUCUUGAAGUAGAAGUAACAUACCCUAGCUGCGUAGCUAACUACCCCACCGCACCCUCCUCUUGUUCAAUGUUGACCACCUCUCUUUUUCUCUGCAUGUAUUGCUGUACCUGACAAAAGAGCGCGACUCCCCCGCGUGCACGCCUCAUUGCGCCUCGCCUGGCGUCGGAUCGCUAGGAUCGUUUAAGCUUUACGGAAUGAGAAGGGAAUAUAUUUAAAAAAAUAAAAAAAACGAAAGCACAAAAUUAUGAAAGUAGGAAAAAGGGCGCAGCAGUUGCAGUAGCAGCAGCAGCAGCAGAUAGAGGUGAAACAAAAAUAUCGAGGAACGAAACAAACCGAAAAAAAACUAACUUAAAACUUGGAGAGCAGUCUCAAACCAAAUCCCAGGGAUCUCACUAUAAACAAGUAAAACACACACACACACACGCACUGCUUAGAUAGCCUUUUGCCAAUAGAUACAUGUCGUGCACCCGCUUACGAAACAUGGUUGUGUUUGUGUGUGUGUGCGUGUGUCUGUGUGAUUUAUGUGUACUCUUCCUGUGCAGAAGUAAUGCGGUGACCUCGGUGGGAUAUGUCCACAUGUAAUAAAAGAAACAAUGCAAAACCGCACUGCAUAGCGCCAUCAAAGAUCUUCGUUAUCGUGUUAGUGUAUAACGAUUAAUAAAAAAGGAGAAGUGAUGGUAUCGAGCAUCAAACGCCCGGUCCGUGCGAUAGGUCCGUAGAUUUUUCUUUUUUUAUGAAAGAGAACAACAUGAUUGUAUAAAUGAAGCAAAAGUAUUUUGCCCUACCGCUAAUUUCGGAUGUAAUGGGACCAGAUUCCGCACCAGCAACCGUGGUGCCGGUACUGCUACUCUUUGUCGGAACCGCGCAAUGCGUCCAGCCCGUCCGAUGCAUCCGUUCUCGUACGCGAUCGCCCGCUCAGAUCGCGGAUCGUUAUUUCAACUACUCCAGAAUGUUGGGCGGGUGGGAUGGUCGCUGGACAAUAUUGUAAAUAGAAUCGUUUAUAAAUGCAUGGAAAGAUGUCUCUCACCCCAAAAACACGGGCAGCAUCGGCGACCGACAGAAUGCAGCGGUGAAGCGAUGGAAAAAGGAAACUCGAAGAAAAAAAAGAAAGAGAAAAAAGUGAGCUCUGCGAGU